ACUUUCGUCCGAAAUAUUAUUGUUUUUUGCUGCGUGGUUUUGUGGUAGAAAUCGUAGAGUUGUAUAUAUUAAUAUAGAAUAUAAUCGAGAGUUUAAUUGUAGGAUCGAAAGAGGAAAACAGAAGAAAGAAAGGCUUUAACCACAGGAAACUGGAUGGAAGUUGAGUCGAACAACAGAGUGCGGUAGUCUCAGCAGGUCGAUGGUGCUGUUCGUACCGACGGUCCGUUCGUAGCCGUCUUUGCUUCGCGAUGCGUCCACCGAUGUGUGUUUCUGCACAUGGCCGUGCCGCCCGACGGGCUUCUGCAUUGUUCCACGGUUUUUCGCACUUUGUCACCGGGCUGUAUCUCUUAUUUAUAGAAGAAUUGUACAAUACAUUAUAUCCGCCAUGACUACAUCAUCGGAAGAUGUUCUGAUGCAAGUAGGACAAGUUCGUUAUAAAAAAGGAGAUGGCACUUUAUAUGUCAUGAAUGAACGAAUAGCUUGGAUGCUUGAUAAUAGAGAUACUGUAUCUGUCAGUCAUAAAUAUGCUGACAUUAAAUUGCAAAAGAUAUCACCAGAAGGAAAGUCAAAAAUACAACUGCAAGUUGUAUUGCAUGAUGGUGCAUCAUCUACAUUUCACUUUGUUAACAGAAACGGCCAAGAAGCACAAAUUAAGGACCGUGAUGAUGUAAAAGAAUUACUUCAACAGCUACUACCAAAAUUUAAAAGAAAAGUAAAUAAAGAAUUAGAAGAGAAGAAUAGAAUGCUCCAGGAAAAUCCAGGACUACUUCAAUUAUACAGAGAUCUAGUUAUUACACAAGUUAUUACAUCUGAAGAAUUUUGGUCGCAACAUGCUGCAGAAUAUACUCAAGCUAAAAAGAGUCAACGUCAAGAAAUAGGUGUUAAUAGUGCUUUUUUGGCUGACAUCAAGCCACAAACCGAUGGAUGUAAUGGGUUGAAGUAUAAUUUAACUAUCGAUAUAAUAGAUUGUAUAUUUAAGACUUACCCAGCAGUAAAAAGAAAACACGAAGAAAAUGUGCCUCAUAAAAUGUCAGAAUCCGAUUUUUGGACAAAGUUCUUCCAGUCACACUAUUUUCAUCGAGAUCGUAUCAAUGCAGGGACCAAGGAUCUUUUUACCGAAUGUGCCAAAAUAGAUGAUCAAGAACUGAAGAAAGAUAUACAAUCGGGUAUCAAUGAUCCAUUGGUGGACAUAACUUCUUUUGAAGAUCAAACACUGGAUGAGAAUUACGGGAACGGACCUAGCAAAUCCGAUAAAGUUUCAGGGAAUAUUGUACAUCAAAGUAUGAUCAAAAGAUUUAAUCAACACAGCAUUAUGGUUUUAAAAGCCAGCACUGCCAAACAAUCUGCACAACCACAAUUAAAUGGUUCAACUCCAUCACCAAGCAAAAUUACGACAUCCUCUCAGUUGGAUGAAGAACCAAAAACAAAAAAACUUAGAAUACAAGAAAAAUUAAUUUACGAUGAUCUCGAUACCAGCUGCGACGCAAACACAAAUAAUAGUGCACCGUUAAAUUUGACGCAUGUAGACAGAUAUUUACAUGGUCCUGUACCUGGGUAUGGCACUACAGAGCCAACAUCUGAAGAGCUUUUUAUGACGUUAAAUCAAUUAAAGAAAGAAGCAAAUAGUUGGCUGACAGGAAACAGUAUACCGAGACAGUUGGCAACAUCAUUAGUUAGUCCAGCUGCAGCGGUUUCGGCUUUAGGAGAAUUAACUCCAGGUGGCUCUUUAAUGAAAGGUUUUAGAGAAGAAAGUCUUGGUCAAUUAAUACCAAAGGAUUUAGAAAAAGAGUUACGUAAUGUUUAUGUGUGUAUGUGUGAACUUCUAAGGCACUUUUGGCGCAGUUUUCCACCUACCACUCCGCAACUCGAAGAAAAAGCAAUUAGAAUGCAUGAAGCCUUACAUAGAUUUCAUUCUGCUAAACUUAAACCCUUUGAAGAUCGUGUUCAACGAGACUUUUCUGCUGUUAGUCAACAUCUGACGAGUCAUUUAAAUCAAUUACUGAACACAGCAUAUAGGAAGUUCGCAGUAUGGCAACAACGUAAAAUGCAAAUGAGGUAGCCGUUGAAUCAUAUGUCGUACAAAUAAAAUCGCAACGUGAAUAAAACAGAGCAAUAUUGGCCAUCUUAUAUAUAUUGCAUUUUGUAAUGUUACCGUAAUUAGGGAUUAAUAAGGGUGUAUUUCACAGAAACCAAAGCUGAAUCGUGUCAUGCAUCCUGUGCUGCCACAUAUUGUUUAUUUAUUCUUACAUAAUCAUGUUUAUUAUUGUUUAAAAAUUUUCAUUAGUGUGUUACUUCGAUUCAUUCGCAAGAAAUACUUCAUUAAUAUUUUCGUAAUUUAGUAUAUAGAUUAUUUAUUUACUUUUUGUAGAGCAUUAUGUAUCAUGUUGCUUAUUUUGUGUCGAAUUAUCGAUUAUAUCAUGUUAAUAUUUUAACAAAAUUUGAAGGAUUUAAAUUCAUAAAUAUAAAGAAAACUCAUACGUGGAAUAAAGCUGAUAUUUAUAAGUUUUCUAAAAAAAAAAAAAAAAGUAAGAAAAAGAACUAUGCGUGUGGGACGUUUAGGAUUUGUAAAUGCAACCACUUAGACAAAUGUGUGUACAAAAACAUUUAAAUAUUGUAUGAUAUCAAAGUAGCUGUGAUACCGUCACUGUACCACUAAACUUAUCAAUAGAUUUCACCGCUUUGCAUUACUUCGCUUUUUUUAUUUUAAUUAAAAAAUAUUUUGUACGUAUAGCAAUAGAAUUAGAAUUACUAUACGAUCUUUCGCUCGUAACAGCGUAAUCAAAAAUCGAGAAUAUAUUUUAUGUAACACGUAAACGAGUAAUGUAUGUAAUGCAAUUCGUGCGUAAAACGAAAGUCACGAAUUUCGUUAUUCGAAAAUUGCAUAAAUCUUUCCAACACAGUGGCAUCAGUAUACUUUUCAAGAUAUCUGCGAUAUACUCAACUAAGUGUCUUAAUUGUUGAAUCCUAUUUUUUUUUAAUAAUAUUGAGUAAGGCAAAUUUGCAACAUGAGAUUUCAUUAACUGCCUGCUCACUUUUCCUAUAGUAGCAAUAAUUUGGCAGUUAUUAAGAUGGGUGAUACCUAUUUCAAUCAGUAACGAAACGAAUCAUAGUCGCGAGUUACGCUAUGGUUAUUAUUAUGAUAACGAUUAUAAAUAUAUUCUUACAUUAUCAUUAUAAUAAAUGUUAUUAUUGUGAAUACCAGUAUUUAAUUAAUAUCCUAAUAAAUUAUGAUCGAUUUUCU